AUGUUCCGGGGAUUGAUUUUCGUGAGUUUCUUGUAUUUGGGAGUCGGAUGGGUGGCUGGCCUGCAGAGAUGGGGUACUCAAUUUGGGCAGGCCCCUCUUCUGGAAAGAUUCUUCUGGAAAACAUUGGACUUCGCCUAUCCAGAUGCAGCAAGCAGACAGCUUGCAAUGCUAAAGGGAGAAUUUAUUCCAGAAAAUGCACUGCCUGUUGGUAUCGAAAUAUGGCGGAACAAGCUGUUUGUCACAAUACCAAGAUGGCGGAACGGAAUUCCGGCCACUUUGAAUUAUUUAUCGCUCGAUACAAAUCGGGGAGGCUCACCGAAGCUUACACCUUAUCCGAACUGGGCGCAGAACAAAGCUGGAGCUUGCGGUAGCGCCAUGACUACUGCUUAUAGAAUACACGCGGACGCUUGCGACAGGCUUUGGGUGUUGGAUACUGGUACUAUAGGCAUUGGGAACACAACUGUACAAGCUUGUCCUUAUACAUUAAAUGUUUUUGACUUGACAACGGACAAAAUCUUAAGGCAAUAUAGACUAAGACCCGAAGACAUCAAUAUGAACACAUUCAUUGCCAAUAUCGCGGUGGAUUUGGGAAAAGGCGGUUGCAACGACGCGUAUGCGUACCUAUCCGACGAGCUGGGAUACGGCUUGAUCGUUUAUUCCUGGGAACAGAACAAAUCCUGGCGUGUUACGCACAGCUAUUUCAUGCCAGACCCCCUAGCCGGCGAUUACAAUAUUGGCGGUUUGAAUUUCCAAUGGGGAGAGGAAGGGAUUUUCGGUAUGAGCCUGUCUCCGGUCAGUGGGGACGGAUUUAGGACGUUGUUCUUCCACCCCCUCAGCAGCAGGAGGGAGUUUGCGGUCUCGACAAGGAUUCUUAGAGACGAACAACUGUCCCAGAACAGCUACCAUGAAUUCCAGGUUCUUCCGGAGAGAGGACCACUCGGUCACUGUACCUCUUCCGUUAUGGACGAAAAGGGCCUCCAAUUCUUUAAUUUAAUUGACCAGAAUGCAGUCGGCUGUUGGAACUCUUUGUUACCAUACGGACCUCAAAAUCAGGCAGUCGUUGUCAGACACGACGAUGCUUUAAUAUUUCCGGCGGACGUCAAAAUAAAUAACGGACUGUUAUGGAUUAUAUCAGACAGAAUGCCAGUCUUUCUGAUAUCGACUUUAAAUUACACCGACGUAAACUUCAGAAUAUUGACAGUACCUGUUAAAGACGCGAUUGCAGGCACCGUCUGUGAAAAUUCACCUUGGGGAUACGUCAGCAACUCCGUUUGGUGGGAAAAGUAA